AUGCCAUUAGAUUUACUUAAUCAAGGGAAUAUAAUUACUCCCGAUACUUUCAAUGAAUUAAGAGUAUCCUUAAUUGGUAAUAAAGAUUUAAAAUAUAAAUUAGUAGGAGAUAUAACAUUUAUUCAACAUUUGGUGGAAGAAUUUAAUAGGCUGAUUCUUGAAAUUGUAAAUUCAGAUUCACCUGUGGAUAAUUUUGAAUUCUUGGAAGAUUUGGAGAAGAAGGCGGUAAUAUUGAAUAUCUUAUGUACUUUCAUCAUUGAAGUAAAUACAAAUAAGAACGAUAAUAUAACUAAAUGUUUACGCUCGAUUGAAGAAGUUAUUAAUCCUUUAAUUCAACUAUUGAAUCGAUUUGUUGAAAAGUUUAUUCCUCAAUUGUAUGCAACCCAAAAUUAUGUUGAUCAUAAUAUUACACGUAAAGUUGGUAAUUUGAUUGGGUACAGUUUAGAUAUUUUAUUAGGUUUAGCCAAUAUUAGAAAUCAUUUUAUAAAUUCAUCCAUAUUAUGGAGAUUUAUAACUUCCUUAUUAAUUGUAACUGAUAGUAAAUUGGAAGAUGUCUUUCAAAUAAGUUCAGUUUUAUUAAUUAAGCUGUUGAAAUUGGUACCGCUUUUGUUAUCUCAACAUGACUUGAGUAAUAACACAAUUAUCACAUUAUUAACAGCAUUAUUGAAUAGACUUUCAAAUAAAUGUGACAUUCUAAUCAAAAUGCACUUUGAAGAUAUUGUCCUGUCUCCAGAAAUAUUACACCAAAUGGCAUUUGAAGAUCCUUGUUUACCUAAUAUUGAAUUAAGUAAAUCUUUACUUCGUAGAGGAGUAAAUUCCAGCUUGUUAUUAGAAUUGAUAACAUGUACAGCUCAAAUACUUAGUUUCCUGAAAGCAAAUGAUUAUGAUGUAACUAUAGUAACAUCAUUGUCUUCAGGCACGAUAUCAAAGGCUAGAAACUCGUCAACAAUUGUUGUUUUACCAGCGAAUGUUUAUUUAUCCUUGCUAUUAUUAGUGAAGUAUGAAGAUAGACAAUUAAGCUUGGCAGCUUUGAACUUGGUUAGUUUAUAUUUAAAUACUUUACGACCAUCAAAGAAUAUUGAUGAUAAACUAAUUUUCAAUGGUUAUAAGAAAUUAUUCCCAAGAAUUAUAGCGAUGUUGGAUUUAGAGGAUGAUUUUACGGGAUAUAACAAAUCAGACAAACGUGGUUCAGUUGGUUCCUCCAAUCAGUCUGCAACUGCUCCUUCCUCAGGAACUGGUGCAAGCCUUAUGUUAAACAAGUCUCAAUCGAAACGUUCUUCUGGUGAAAUGCCGACCUUUUUCCGUUCACCAGCUCGUAUUUUAGCAGAUUUAUGUGCUCAAUAUCCAUUAUUGAAUGAUGAAAUAAAUGAUUCCAAUCUUGAUUUCAAAUUGGUUCGUAAAUUAGAAGCAAGCUUUAAAUCCAGUCAAUUGUUGAAAGCAUUUAAAGUAUUAAAAUCAGACUCCAAGAAUGGGAAAAUAUUGGUUGAUUUCACUUUGUUGUUAACCAUUGAUAGUGAUGAAAGUGAUAUUGCCGAUUUGUUGCUUUUGUUAAGUGUCUAUACCAAUAAAACAGAAGAAUAUAGAAGCAGAAUAGUAAAUCAAACUCAAGAAGCAACAAAUCAAGCCAUUACCCUACCACAAAUUAUAUUUGAAAUUAUCGAUAAUUAUUAUUUCUUGUUGACUCAAUUACAAUUAGUUUAUCGUCUUUUAUAUACCAAGAAGAAAUCAAAAAGACCAUCAGUACCAAAGAGUGACUUACCAUGGUUUGGAAGAAACUUGGGAAUAAUCCGUUCCUUAAUGGAUUCAGAAAUUUACACCAAUUGCUUUUAUUUUGCUCGCUCAAUUUCAAGAUCAGUCGCUACCUUAAGAACCUUCUUUGUUGAAUGCAACGCUUUUAAUAGUUUUAUCGAAGAUGAAACCCACCCAAACAAGCCUCCUUCAGGCAAUUCGGAAAGAAGUAGUGGAUCUGUCAGCAUUGGUGGGAAUGUCCAUGUAGGACCUAAUGUGAGUAUCAGUGGCAGCCCAGUAGUUCAAUCUUCGACAUUGGGUAUUUCGGGAGCUUCUUCAAGUAUAAGUUCUCCUCCUGGGGGGUUUAUGACUAAUUUAUUGGAAAUUAUUCAUUCAUAUGAGACUUUGGAUCAAAUUCUUGAUUUCUUUUAUGAUUUGAAUAAAGAUAACGACCCAACUAAUAGAAAUUUCAAUAAGAGGAAACAAAUUAAUAAUAGAUCUAUUUGUAUUGGUUUGUUGGCUAAUUUCAUUCUUGAUUUCAGUUCAUUUAGAUAUAUCAUUAUUGGAUAUGAAAAUGUGUUGUCUAGUUUGUCUACAAUUUAUCAAAAUUCAUUACCUGAUUAUGGCAAUGGUGGUGGAAGAAAUCAAGAUAAAGUAUCUGAAGAAGAAAUCUAUCAAAGAAAUGUGGUUCAAUUGAAGAUUUUGCAAGUUAUUCAAAACUUUAUGUUUAAUGAAUCAACUGAGAAUAAAAAGGAAUUAUUGGAAUAUUUUGCCUUGAUUUUCAUUUUGAAAAAGGCUAGUUAUGGAAUUGGACUUGUUGAUAGUGACAAACAAGAUACUCCCGAUAUUGUUAAAUUAAAAAUUCAACAAAAGAUAGUUGCAUUUGAAAUAUUACGAAACUUCACCGCAGGAUCACCAAAUUUCAACACCCUUUUAAUUAAUGCCUAUGAACAAGAUUUCGUCAAGAAUGAAAAACGAUUAAGACUCCCCACGCAAUGGUUUAAGUUUUUGAGUAACAAUAUCAAAGAUGCAAGAUUGUUUUUAAACGAACCAAAUACAAAUUUCGAUAAUGAUGAAACCCUAACGAAAUUAAUGCAAAAUGAUGAUUAUGUGAAAUUAUUAAAAUCAAUAAAUUUUAUUGAAAAUCAUAAAUAUGCAAUCAUAGAUAAUAUCAAACGAGAUUUAUUCCCCAAUGAAGAAUUGUUGUUAAUUUGGUUAAGAUUACUUUCAUUCACGGUUCCCGAAUCACUUGAAAAGAAAAUGGAUUUUAAUUCUAAGGUGGCGUUAAAUACAAACUUAAACGCAGUUAAGGCGUCCAUUGUAUGGGUGAUUAUAAACUUAACUUGGAGAUAUUCCACCUAUGGAUCUAAUAUCCAUGAAUGUACUGAAUACGAAGUCUACCAAACCGUUGAUAGUUCGAGACAUGUCACCAACAAUCAAAGAAUAUAUAUCGAUGAUUCCGAUGAUUCAGAAAAGGAUAAACCCAGCAAAAUGGAAGAAGAAGAAGAAAUAGUCGAAGAACCCAAGAAAGAUGAUGAUGAACUCACAGUCCAAGAACGAGCAAAAUAUUUAGAUAAACUUGGUUUCACAUCAGUCAUCAUGAAAUUGAUCAAUUAUUAUACAAAACAAGCCACAACUGAAUCCGAUUCAACCAUGAUCAAUAAACCCAAAAGAUUUGAUAUUCAAAAUAGCCAUGAUAUUUUGGAAAAAUUACAAACUGCGUUACGACAAUUAACUACAUUACAAGGAAGAUAUCAUCAUCGAUCUGGAAGUAUGAGUGGAAAUAGUCGGAAACGGGUUUCUAUUAGUGGUACUACUACCCAUGGGUUGAAUUUACGGUUGAAUGAAUCGAAUAAUCAAGUGGAUGUGGUUGAGGAUUUACCAUUUGGUGGUGGUUCUGAUAUGAUUUUGCCAACAAGUAGAAGAAGGAGUCGGAUCCAGGACGAUAGUGAUAAUGAUGAUAAUGCGGGUGAGGACGACGAUGAUGGGUCUGAUGAUGAUAUGGAUAUUGUGGGCAUGGCUGGUGGCGAUGAGAGUAAUGAGGACGAGGACGAUGAAGAGGAUGAGGACGAUGAUGAUGAUGAAGAGGAGGAUGAUGAUCCUCAUGAAUAUUGGGUGAUGUAG